AUGUCACAAGAAGAAUUCAUUCGUACCCAGAUAUUUGGGACAGUUUUCGAAAUUACAAAUCGUUAUACUGAAUUAAAUCCUGUUGGAAUGGGUGCUUUUGGUUUAGUUUGUUCUGCAAAAGAUAAAUUAACAAAUCAAAGUGUUGCAAUUAAAAAAAUAAUGAAACCUUUUUCUACACCAGUUUUAGCUAAAAGAACUUAUAGAGAAUUAAAAUUAUUAAAACAUCUUAGACAUGAAAAUUUAAUUACUUUAGAAGAUAUUUUCUUAUCUCCAUUAGAAGAUAUUUAUUUUGUUACAGAAUUACAAGGUACUGAUUUACAUAGAUUAUUAACUUCAAGACCUUUAGAAAAACAAUUUAUUCAAUAUUUCUUAUAUCAAAUCAUUAGAGGUUUAAAAUAUGUUCAUUCUGCAGGUGUUAUACAUCGUGAUUUAAAACCUUCAAAUAUUUUAAUUAAUGAAAAUUGUGAUUUAAAAAUUUGUGAUUUUGGUUUAGCAAGAAUCCAAGAUCCACAAAUGACUGGUUAUGUAUCAACAAGAUAUUAUAGAGCUCCAGAAAUUAUGUUAACUUGGCAAAAAUAUGAUACUGAAGUUGAUAUUUGGUCUGCUGGUUGUAUAUUUGCUGAAAUGAUUGAAGGUAAACCUUUAUUCCCUGGUAAAGAUCAUGUUCAUCAAUUUUCAAUUAUAACUGAAUUAUUAGGUACACCACCUGAUGAUGUUAUUGAUACAAUUGCAAGUGAAAACACCCUUAGAUUUGUUAAAUCAUUACCAAAAAGAGAACCAAUCCCAUUAACUGAACGUUUUAAAAAUGUUGAACCUGAUGCAGUUGAUUUAUUAGAAAAAAUGUUGGUUUUCGAUCCAAAAAAGAGAAUUACUGCUGCUGAUGUAUUAAGUCAUCCUUAUUUAGCUCCUUAUCAUGAUCCAACUGAUGAACCUAUUGCUGAAGAAAAAUUCGAUUGGAGUUUUAAUGAUGCUGAUUUACCUGUUGAUACUUGGAGAGUUAUGAUGUAUUCUGAAAUUUUAGAUUUUCAUCAAGUUGAUAAUAAUGCUCAUCAAUUAUAA